ACCGGCGGGCCUCUGGGCCCGGCUUUGCUUCCCUCCGGCCCGCAGAUAUCCUGCACACGGGCUCUGCUCCAGGAACUGAGUCCCCGCGCAGUGCUCCACGGCUUUGGAAGUUUCUUUCCGGGCACUGAGUAAACCGAAAGGGGAGUUUAGUUGAUAGUUAUGUUGAUGGUCUUGGCUCUAAAGGUCUCGGCUUCUUGUAACUGGUGGAUUGGCUUUCUGAAGCGAUUAGUUCAUAUCGUGUGAAGUGUGAGAUCUGCAGAGUAGCCUGCUCCUCCUGAGGCCGCUACUUUGCACUGGAUUGCUGCUUUCUAGAGCUGAAGUACUGAUGAGAUAAUAAUGGCUGUGUAAGAAUCCCUUUUCCACAGAUAAAGCAGCUAUGCCUGUUCAAUUGCUGAAGAUCAUUGAAGGACAAUCUGAGGCUCCACUACCAAGCCAUUUGCAGAAGGAGAAUUUAAAACAUUUGCAAGAAGGGCGUGAUCAUACCAACAAAUACAUUCAGGGAGUAGUUACUCUUUCCUACCCAUUAACAAAACUCAGAGAUGGAACAGACUUUUUCAAGAUUGUUGUUCAAGAUUCAGAUAACUUAUGUUCCCAGAUCAACAGCAUCAAUGUUUUCAUAUAUGGAAAAAUGGCAGAGGAUUGUGCAAAAAUUAUACGCCAUGGGGAAACCUUCAUAGUUGCAGGAUUUAAGGUGAUAAAAUUGCCUGCAGCGAGAGAGGAUGGUAGACAUGAUUGUCACCUGGAAGUGUCUGAAGAAGCUGGAUCAGCCAUUUAUAUUUACACUAAACCAAGAACAACUGCUGCUUCAGAAACUACAUCUGUGUCUGUUGCUCCAAAAUAUGUGUAUACUCCUCUGAAUCAUCUUAAAGAUGGAACUGUAGUGAACUUGUAUGGCGUUGUGAAAUUCUUCAAGCCUCCAUAUAUUAGCAAAGGAACUGAUUAUUGCUCAAUUGUAACACUUGUGGACCCAUCAAAUGUGAAGUUAACGUGCAGUCUUUUUAGUGGAAACCUAGAUUCUCUACCAAAAAUUUACAAAGUUGGAGAUAUUGUUCGAUUUCAUAGAGUAAAGAUCAGGGAAUACAAUGGACAGAUGCAGGGAAUUACCAGUGGGGGAUUUGCAUCCUUAACAUUUGAUGGAACCGUAGGAGCUCCAGUAGUUCCUCGAACUUCCAGCAGAGUAUACACUUUCAUGGAUGAAGAACAGAAAAGAAUAGAAGAAUUACGUAUUUGGGCAGCCAGUAAUAUUUCCACCUCUGGAACAGCAACAAAAUUGUCUUGUGUUCAGCCAAUGCUAUUCUUUGAUCUCACUUGCCAGCUGGUAGGAAAAGCAAAAGUGGAUGGAUCUUCUUUUCUUCUAAAAGUUUGGGAUGGCACUACAUGUCCCUACCCCACAUGGAAGGUGCCUGUGGAAGCAAAAGACCUGGAAGGAGAAAAAGUUCUUCUUCAUCAGCUGAGAAAUCUGGUGGUGGACAUUCUGGUCUAUGAUAAUCAUGUACAACUGGCAGAAUCACUUAAGAUUGGAAGUUUUCUGAGAAUUUACAGCAUUCAUGCGAAACAAGCAAGCGCUGACAAUGAAGAUGUCUCACACAUGGAAUUUCAUCUUCAUGGUGGCACCUGUUAUGGUCGAGGAAUAGGACUCUUGCCAGAAAGUAACCCAGAUGUUAAGGAACUAAAAGAAUUCUUAGAAUCUGUGAAUCUGACAGACAGUCAGAAUAUGGAAAGCAUGUGUUCAAUGGACAUCGACAGCACUUUUGGCAAUGUUACAGAUCUUGAAUUGCACUUACAGAGAUGUCAGCAGUUAUCUGUUACCGUAUUAACAGAUCAUCAGGAUUUGAGUACUACAGAACUGAAAACCAUAACAAACAGCACAGCUCCUCAACAGUAUCGCAUUAGAGCAAAGCUGAGAACUUACAAACCCCAAAAGCUCCAUCAGUCUGUUAAACUUCAUUGUUCCAAAUGCAACUCUUUGCAAGAAGUUCCAGAUAGAGAUGACUUUGACUUCAUUUUACAUGGCUCUGCCAGUACUGCCCCAAACCCAGAAUUACACAAUACAUCCUGGUAUGAAUCUGUAACAUGGACUACACAAGAGCAGAAACAGAGGGAAAUAGCCAUCCAUUUUGUGAAGCAUGAUGAAAUGCUUCAACAUCCUGAAGACACCUUGAUUAUGAUAGAAGGUGGAACACUAAAAGAAAUCGGGAAGCUUACAAAAAGAUUCAAGUGUGUUGUUCCUGUGAGAUCCACAGAAGAUGAUCUUGAAUUACUAGAUCUUUCUGCUCCUUUUCUUCUAAAAGGGAAUGUAAAAUAUUAUGGGUGCAAGCAGUGUUCAACUCCAAAGCCUAUGAAGAAUUUAAGUUCCAUUGCAGCAGAACAGCAGCCAUCAUGGGAACCAACUGAAAUAGCACAAGUUUUAGGUAUUGAACUGCUCCAGUAUGUUUUUAUUAUGAAGUUUACACUGGUUGAUGAAACAGCAUCACUAAAUGCAUACCUUUUUGAUUAUGAGAAGUUUUUCCAAAUUCCUGCCUCUGAAAUCUUAACUAAUAAUUUUCUUCAGCAAAAGAUGCAGAUGACCAUGAAUACGCUCUGUCCUCCAGGAAGAAAAUUAGAGAUUUUUGUGCAGUGUAUGUGUUGUGGCAGAAAGUAGCUCUGCCUAAACUACACAUGUCCAGGGUUGAUGGAUGUGUGAUGCAGCUCCAACCUCCAGAGCAUACUGUGAGUACAUGGCUGUCAGUGACCCCUGCAAUCACCCUGGAGUCUUUGCCAUACUUAAAAAAAGUUGUCCUGUAAUAAAGAUUGUUAAGGAUUUUCCCUUUGAGACCAGUGAAAUUGUCUCAUUGAGACACGUGGAGAUGAAGUUUUAUUAUUGGAAAGUCUUUACGUAUAUGUAUUUUUUUUCUGUGGCAUGACUACUGGGUCCAAGUGUUUCGUGGAGUGCUGGUGCAGGGAGUACAAGUCUUGGAAGACUGUCACCGAACACCAAUUCAGAUCUUGUGGGAAACUUAAAAGAUACCAAUUGGAAUUUCAAAGUUAACAAUUUUUCUUUGUAUUAACUAUUGUAUACAUUUAGAUAUCGUAGUUAAGAUCUUGUUCAAGUUAUACUUUCCUCCUAUAAAAAUUAGAAUGAAUAUUGAACAGUAAUUUGGAUU